AUGGGGUCUCCAAGAGUCCUUAGGCACUCAAACGGCCGCAAGGUCUCGAUUGGAGAUGGGGACAAUGAGAGCGAGCUUAGCGACCCAGCAAGCACCGUACAAUCCCCUUCUGGGGUCGACUUCAAUGAAUUCGAGGACGAGAUUAUAGUGAGAGCUCGCACUAACGGUACUCGAAAGUCAUCGCCCCCGCGGCCUGCAUCUGAUGCCGAGGAUGAGACCAUGACCAAUGGAGACGAGGAACCUGUCGCUUCCCAUUACCCCAAGCGGAAGCGGACCUCCAUCUUCAAUGACUUAAGUGAAAGCAAAAUUAUUGCAGAUGAGCGUCAAACAUCUACAGCCACCACAAAAGCCAAACCCUCUCGCUCAAGCACAGGAACCGUCAAAGGGGUGACAGUGGGUUACUGGCGGGAUUCAAACGCCCCUACAGAAGAACGCAAACAUGCUGUCAUUGGCUUUAUAGACGUCCGAGAGCGUCUGCGUACACGGAUUCAGCCCGUAACGAGAGCCGGCAACAUUAUAACCGAUGAAUAUCCUUUGCCUCCAGGACCUGGCGGAAGUUGGGUAACUUUUGACAGAAUCAUUUUUCUCGACCAUCUUGUGGGCCUGGAUCAUCUUCAGGUUAAGGAGUAUGUCAGACUACGCACCAAGAAUAUAGGCACUGAAAAGAAUCAACCCGAACAGACAGCUGGAGAGUUGGAAGAUGUUCAAGAAGCCAUUCGUCGUGCCAAGCUGAUUCCGACUACCGAAAACACCGCCAACGCACCUCAGAUUGCUUAUGGCAUCGAACUUCCCGAUCAUUUACAGAGCAACCGUGAUGCAAAGAGGCGUAGGACCAGCGGGGGGUUCACGUCUGCCAACACUGUAUCCUCUAAUGGCACUCUUGUUGAGCAUACCCCCAUUCAACCAGCACCAGGCGGACCGCAACCUGUGCGAAACAUUGUCGACCCGCUCCCUGGCACUAGACCGACCCGAAUUCUCCUCGGCACAUGGGCCAAGUCUGCAGAGUCCAACCCUAAGAAUCGGCAUGCGGUAUAUGGUAUUUUGGGACAAAACGACAUGUUCAGAGUCAAGCUAGUACGAGAAACACGCGACGGACGAUUUGUUGAUGGCAACUUUCCCUCAGGAGCCGGGGCUCUUUGGAUUCCGUACGAGGAAGUUGAUUUCGAUAAACACUUGGCAUCUCUUGCUCGACACGAAAUUAAAGAGUACUGCCGUGUACGUCAAUCACAGCUUGACCGCGGUGAAACAGCUGAUGAAAGACAACAAAACGAGAUCACGGCUAUAUCCGAAGCUCAAGCCAGGGCUGCAGGCACCAGCUACAAGGCUCUCGCUCCCUUGUCGAUCGCGCCUCGUCUGCCUGGGGUGUUUGGAGAAGACCAGGACCAGUCAUCGAAACCAAGCUGGACAGGUAACGAGAACCGCCAGGAACUCCGCCAAAGUCGCCGCGUGGAAGCAGCUAGAGCCGAAGGUCGUUUAACGCGCCAGCCACUCAUUGACAUUGAUGCCGCCCAGCCGACCCCAGCAACUCGUCCCAUCGCAGGCAAGACACAGCAAAGCACUAAUGCGCUCGAACGAACCUCAGCUUUGGCUGAGCGAGAGAUCACUCGUGUGGAACAAGCACAAGAGCGUGCUCACCUGCAGGCUGCCAACCGUGAGCGAGCAGCUGCUGCUGCCGCCCAAGCAGCCGCGGCCGCGGCCGCCAAGAUCCCCGGCAUGGCUACUAACGGCCGACAGCAGUUCCAUGAAAGUCAUGAAAUGCAGCGCCUCAAUAAGGUAUGGGCUAGCCAGGAAAGCAUGCGAUUCUCGAGAGCAAGCGCCGACGAUGCCAAAAUGUAUGGGGGAGUCAAGUACGAGCGCAAAGCCAAUGGCCCUUUCAUGGGGAAAUUGGUUUCUCAGGGAACUAUCAUCAACAUUGACGGCGAAGAUUACGUUGAAUAUCGAGUACUUACAAAGCCGUCGUUUUUCUAA